AAUAAACGAAAUAAAAAUCAGAUGCAAGCCCCUAGAAAACAUAUCCAAGAAAUCAAUGUCAGGAAGAGUUUUUUUGCAACAAUUAUACCGACAGGAAAUAGAAAAACUACAAGAAAAAAACACAAUUAUAUACACCGACGGAAGUAAAACUCAGGAUAAUUGUGGUAUUGGAAUUUAUAUACAAUCUCAUAAUCAUGAUACUAGAAACUGCUCUAUAAGUGUUAAACUAAAAAACAAUACAGGUAUAACUUCGGUUGAGAUAAAAGCAAUAGAAAAGGCGCUAGAAAUAGCAGAACAAAAACACAUUUCAAAUCCAAUCAUAUACACAGACAGUCAAGCAGCCUGCAAUAUUAUUCAAAGAGAACAAUAUAGCAACAAAAUAGAAAAAACAAUAUACAACAUAAUAAAAAGAUGCCACACACUCAAUGCAGAAAUAAAAUGGAUACCGGGACAUAUAGAUAUAAACGGAAAUGAAAGGGCAGAUGAGUUAGCUAAGAGGGGAAUAUCAUCGAAUAUCGUGGAAAACAACAAAUUACGCAUGGUAGAUAUAAAAAACAUACUAAAACAAAAAAUGAUAACACAAACAAAGGAGUGGUACAGACUAGAAGUAGAGAAGAGAGGAAAAAAAUUUUUUGAGUAUCAAAAGGAAUUUGAGGAAAACCCGUGGCACACUAACAUAGCAAUCACGGCUAUUGAAACAAAAAUCAGCAACAGAAUAUUAGCCGGGCAUGAUCUAUCAAAACAUUGGUUGAGUGUUAUGAGAAUAGUGGAAGACGGCAACUGUGAAGAGUGUGGAGUACCCGAAACCGGGAAACAUCUAUUAUUCUACUGUAAAAAACUAACAAAAGAAAGAGAAGAACAAUCAAACAUCACAGAAGAAAUAUUUAAAGCACAGUGGAAAGACAAAACGGGAAAAAUGAUCAAGGAAAUAACAAAAUUUAUACAAAAGACAAAAAUAAUAUUUUAAUUUUGUAGCUGUGAUACCAAAAAAACGUAGGCAUUGUAAAAAUUAUAAUAGUCAAGUAAGAAAACGGGUAUAUGACUCUAGGAGUCGAAAACCCUCAUAGAGUGGUAUAUCUUUGAA